UACAUUGCUGCUCGCGGAUCACGUUCAGCUCCUCUUCGAUCUCAUUGGUGGAAAGCGCCGUCAGUAAGACGGCCGAUUGGCCGAGAUCUCCAGCAUUUUUUUGUUGCGACAAAACAUAGAGCCCCGAAGAUGUUUUGACAGCACCCUGCGUUGUAAUUCAGAGAAGUUCUUACGCCCGGAUCUUGCGUGAGAGCCAUUGCCGCUUGUUAAGCUAAGUGCAAAACAAUGCGUAAGAGUUUAUAGGAGGGAUCAGUCCGGGACGGUAGUUGGGGUAGAAACAGAUACUGAAGUGGAAUUUCUGAAAAUGCAGAUAUGCUAAAUGUUUAAAAGCAAGUAUCCUUUUUUACCUUAAUGGAUUACAACCAUUGUUUGUGAGUCGAUUUGUUUGCUGCGUCUGCGAUUAAGUGGUACGCUAUUUGGAUCCUGUGUUACAAAUUACAGGCCAGCCAGCUUGUUCAAUGUCUUUCCUGCGGGGAAGCUUACGUGUAAAGAGUCGAGGGUCAUCCCAGUGUGCUGGGACUCCUAAUCCAGUGCUUACCUUAUGAUUUGCUGUGAGGCCAUGGCUACGGUUAACAUCACCAGUGAUAUUCUGCACAGGCAGAUCAAGGAGAAAGGCAUGCUGAGGUUCCAGAGACACUACCAUGUGACAGACCCUUUCAUCAAGCGCUUAGGACUGGAAGCAGAGCUGCAGGGUCACACUGGCUGUGUGAACUGCCUGGAGUGGAAUGAGAAGGGAGACUUAUUGGCGUCUGGCUCCGAUGACCAGCAUGCUAUUGUUUGGGAUCCCUUUCACCACAAGAAACUGAUAACUAUGCACACAGGCCAUUCCGCAAACAUAUUCUCAGUAAAGUUCCUGCCUCACUCAGGAGAUCGUAUCCUUAUCACCGGAGCAGCAGACUCCAAGGUGCACGUCCACGAUCUCACAGUGAAGGAGACCAUUCACAUGUUUGCUGAUCACACCAAUCGGGUGAAGAGAAUCGCUACUGCGCCCAUGUGGCCGAACACCUUCUGGAGUGCGGCAGAAGACGGAAUCAUCAGGCAGUAUGACCUCAGAGAGAGCAGCAAGCGCUCGGAGGUGCUGAUUGACCUCACAGAGUACUGUGGCCAGCUGGUGGAAGCCAAGUGCCUGGCCGUCAACCCCCAAGAUAACAACUACCUGGCCGUGGGGGCCAACGGACCCUUCGUACGGCUGUACGACAUCCGCAUGAUUCACAAUCACAGGAAAUCAUUGAGUCCAGGUACGUCGGCUGGCGUCCACACAUUCUGCGACCGUGAGAAACCGAUCCCCGACGGAGCCGUGCAGUACUAUGUGGCAGGUCAUCUUCCUGUCAAACUGCACGACUACAAUAACCGGCUGAGGGUUUUAGUCGCCACGUACGUGACGUUCAGCCCUGAUGGGACAGAGCUCCUGGUUAAUAUGGGAGGGGAGCAGGUUUAUUUGUUUGACCUGACGUUUAAACAGAGGCCGUACACGUUUCUGUUGCCAAAAAAGUGUCAUUCUUCUGGAGAAGUCCAAAAUGGUAAAACAUCAACUAACGGUGUUUCGAAUGGGAUUCAUCUACAAAGCAGCAAAUUCAGAUUGGUGGAGGGUAAACGCAGUAACAGUGUGCAGGGGGAACUGCCACCCCACCUGGAGAAGAUCAAGCAGCAGGCGAAUGAUGCGUUUGCUCGGCAGCAGUGGACUCAGGCCAUCCAGCUGUACAGCCGGGGAAUCCAGGAGAUCUCCAAGAACGCCAUGCUGUAUGGAAACCGGGCUGCUGCCUACAUGAAGCGCAAAUGGGAUGGGGAUCACUAUGACGCCCUGCGCGACUGUCUGAAGGCCAUCCUCUUGAACCCCGCCCACCUGAAGGCGCACUUCCGGCUGGCGCGCUGCCUCUUUGAGCUCAAGUACGUGUCCGAGGCUCUGGAGUGCCUGGAUGACUUCAAGGGCAAGUUCCCGGAGCAGGCUCACAGCAGCGCCUGUGACGCGCUGGAUAAGGACAUCAAAGCAGCACUCUUCUCCAAGACCAGCAGCUCUGAAGACAAGAAGAGCGGCGGUGCGAUCCGCUUUCGCACGAUCGGCCGGAAGGAUUCGAUAUCGGAAGACGAGGCGGUGCUGAGAGAGAGGAGCUACGACUACAAGCACAGAUACUGCGGGCACUGCAACACCACCACCGAUAUCAAAGAGGCCAACUUCUUCGGCAGCAAGGGACAGUACAUUGUGAGUGGCUCGGACGACGGCUCCUUCUUUAUCUGGGAGAAAGAGACAAGCAACCUGGUUCGAAUCCUCCAGGGCGACGAGUCCAUCGUGAACUGCCUGCAGCCCCACCCGAGCUACUGCUUCCUGGCCACCAGCGGAAUCGACCCUGUGGUUCGGCUCUGGAACCCCAGGCCCGAGAGCGAAGACUUGAACGGCCGCGUGGUGGAGGAUAUGGAGGGGGCCGCUCAGGCCAACCAGCGGAGGAUGAACGCGGACCCCCUGGAGGUGAUGCUGCUCAACAUGGGCUACCACAUCACAGGACUGAGCAACGGGGGUCCGGAUGGCUCCGAUGAAGACGAGGGCUCUGAAGGGCAGGUCCAGUGCCGGCCCAGCUAAGGAAGACUGUGUCUGUUCUACACUAUGCACACAUGUAGAGAAAGGAUGGCGUGCACAGUCCUCUGCUAGCUUGGUUCAAGGACAUCAACCCUGUGUACCGUGCAGAUGGGCACACAUGGAUCUAGCUCUUUUUUUAUGGUUUACUGCUGUUCGCUCAGUUGGUUGUUCGGCUCCUGCUUGAGUUUCUUUUGUAACCUUCCACGUUGCAGGAGGGGGUGACUUUGCACCUUUAGUAAGACUGGGCUCUGCCUGGAAGUCCUGUGAAUUUCUGAAUUGCUUGCCUGGGCUGGUGAUCACAGAAACUUCUUAGCCAUGUCUGCUUCAUACUUGUUCAUUCGUUUUGCUGUAUUUUUGGUGGGGUUCUGAGUUCUGCACUUAUUUACGGAAAAGUAGUGGAAGUUUGCAAAGGGGGGGGUGACAGUUAAAGGUUAAGGACUUUAAAACAACAAACGUUCACAUAGACACCUGCUUGAAUACACUCACACACAACUCCAUUCCGAGUGAGAAGGAUUACACAUUGGAAACUGAAUCUUUUGUAAAAGUCGGAGCUAAGGAAAGUCCCAAUUAAUUCUUCGAAACGCACCGAACAAUCGUGCAAGACCUGCGUGCAGAUUCGUCUUAUAAGCACACCUUCUGCAGUACAUUCACAAAGUGGCCCUCACAAACCCUCUCAAAUGCUGAGAGCAGAUUGAGAGAUUCCAGCCCUCAGACUAGAGUUACUGUGCUCAGAGUUAAGGCUUGUAGAGUUAUUCCCAUAUUGUUUAAUUGUGUUCUGUUUUUUGGAGUUCGACUCAAGCUGCAGUGGAGGGGGUUAAUAAUUCAAAAAAGGGUGAUUUGAAGUAUCUUUAGAAUAAAUCAUUAAAUAUAUAAGGUAACGCUUCAGGGCAGUGCGGCUUGCUAUAAUGAAGGCUGUGCUGUGGUGGUUACACUGUAGUUCAUUUUAUACUGAAGUUAAGUUAGAAAUUAUUGUAGCAUAACUCAGAAAGUACUUCCUAAUUACUGCUAUGUCAGUUAUGUUGAUUGUAAAUCCUGCGUCUGUGUUAUGGGCCCUAUUCGCUUAUUUAAAGAAUGUUCCGUUUUUAUUACUUAAGUUUCAUAUUCAAUCGUUAUUUUAGUGAAGCUAGCCUCGGAACAGUUUUGUGAAUAUCAAACUGUAUUUAAUUCAUACAAUUCUUUAAUUCUGCCGUUUUAGAACUACCAAAAGAAACGCAACACAUUCAAUGACGGACGUUUCAAAAUCAAAAUUUGAAAAAGACUUCUAGUCAAUUUGAAGACAUUGAAAAAGACCAGUCACAACGUUUCUCAUUGAAUGUAUGACGUUUCUUUUAUUGUUUUUAAUGUAGCACUGUUGAUUGGUUCAGAGUUAUGGUUGAUUUAAUGAGCCCCUGAGUAAAAGCUUUGUGAAUUAGGCACAGUUCCUGCUAAACUGCUACAUGCUUGUGUGUGACAAGGUGCCCUGUAUAAGAGGCUAGCCUUGUCAUGACCUCGAUUCCUAAAUAACACAACACUGGAACAUGUGGUGCAAUACCAGGUUAUAGAAAGCUGUGCAUCCCAUUGCAAAUACAUGACUCCUUCUUUCCACGCUGCACCAGCACAGCGAAUGGAAAUGCUCGGCCGCUACAUUAGAGUUCUUUCAUUGGCUAGAACCCUUUUAUAAUAAAAAUGCAUUUGGCGGAUAUUUCGUAUGUUAAGGUUUUGUGACAAGCUAACUGUUUUUUUUUUUUUUCCAGCUAUCUCUGCACACUAUAGAAAUAUGAAACUAAUGGACAGUCUGGUGUUUAAAAUGUGGUGUGCACAAGGAUGUAACUGUAGUUUAUUAUUAAAGGGAGACACCGUGGCCCAGGUAUGCAAUGCUUUUGCUCCAAUGUACCGCAAGCCUCCUUGCAUUCAUUUAAAGAAGGUAUUAAUGAAACCUUCCUCUAAUUGUGGUUUAUUCUCACCUAAGAGAGGGGCUACAGUCUUUAAGCACAGUUAGCCCUGUUUUAAAAUGAUCCAUAACCUUUGAAUACAGAGAUGGUAGAUCCUGUAUAGAGGGGUCUGUGACCGGUCAUGGAGUAAGCUUGGCGAGGCAUGUAACUGCAGCAGCGUUUUCACUUGGCAAUGUGUUUUAUUGUGGCAUACCCAAUGUGGAGGGCUGAUACGAAUCCAUUGGUACACUUCAUAGUAAUGAUCUAGGUGUUGGUUCAUGUGAACUUCCCUCAGUACUUUUUCCAUGCAUUUCAUAAGACGGGAGGGCUUUGACACCGCAUUGAAUUGCAGGUGACACAGCAUACCUAAAAAGCAAGUAGCUACAAAUUAUUUUAUUUACUGCCUCAUUUCAUUUUUAUAAUGUUUGCAGUCGUUCUGAAAGGUUCUUGUUGGAAGUACUCAUUUAGUUUCCUUUAACGGUAACUUCAGUUACCGUUGCCUGCCAUAGACAUUUUAAUGCAGGCUAGAUCAGCCAAGGUGUCUUUAUGUAAGCACCAGCACCAUCUAGUGCACCGCAGUGUAUUGCCAGAUAAAUAAAAGGAAACUUUACAGAUUGACAGAUCACCAGAUGGCGCUGUCUCCUACUUCUUUAAGAACAGCUUGGCUAGACCAGAAAUGCAGAUCCUGAACUAUAGACAGAAAUGCAGUACUUUGCAAGUAAUUGCAAUUAAUAGCACGAAGAAUAAUUGCAAGUCUCAUAAAAAGAUAGGAGACAGAAUAAAAUAAGAAAUAUGAAGCUAUUUAGUCUUUUAAUAUCUGAUAGUGACAGAGAAUUCAGGUACUGGUGUGAAACUAAUCCUUAAACAAGCAACUUAACUGGCAAAAUAGCAAUUUGUGUGUUUGUUAUUAAUAAAUAAGGAGACUGCUGGUAAAUAUCAGCUUAGUCUGAAAAGGCAAGCAAGCUAGCUAACUGCUUUAUGGAGCUAGUUAACUGGCAUUGCAGAAUUUGUUUAUAUAAUUUAGCAUUGUUGUCCAUUGUAAUACAAAAUAUAUAGGUUUAAAAAAAAAAGCCCUGAUAUUUAAAUAAGGCUGAAGUAUAAAGAUGUGCUAUGAAAUGCACAGCUGACACUACGUUUUCAUUGAAGAUAUGGAUAUGGUAACAGUAAAAGUCUGUAUGAUUUUUAUUUAAGGUCAUUUGUAAUAAAGGUUUUCUUUUGAAGUUUG